AUGAUAGACGGCUUGGCAGGGGAGGAACGGGGUCUCCCAGGGGAACAGGGUCUCCAAGAGCGAAGACUGCUCUUACUGGGACCUCGGGGCAGUGGGAAGAGCUCGACAGGAAACACUUUACUGGGACGAGACCAGUUUGCUGUAGGUGCGUCUCUGGGCCAGGGGGUGGUAGGGGCGUGGCUGAUUGCAGUUGUGGACACGCCGGGCUGGACCGUAGGACAAGAGGAAGACGAGAGAGGAAACGGCGAGGAAGAGAGCGAUAUAUUAAGGUCCAGUUUAAGACUGUGUGCACCAGGACCACACGCAGUGCUCCUGACUGUUCCCAUUUCCCAGUCCUUCACCCAGGUGGACCGUCUGGCCCUGGGACAGCGUGUGGCUCAGCUGGGGCACAGUGCAUGGAAGUACUGCUUGCUUGUUUUCACGGGGGGAGACCGGCUCCAGGAGAGCUCCAGCAUUGAGGAGUAUAUCAUCCAGGCAGGAGAGGAGUUGCGCCUCCUCCUGGAGCAAUGUGGGAAUCAUUACCACGUCAUAGACAACACGCCUCCCGUGGUGCAGAGCAGGGCCCAGGCCACAGAGCUACUCCUCAGGGUGGAGGAGAUGGUGCAGGAGAACCAUGGACAAUAUUUAGAGGUGGCCAGACUGAACCCACAGGAGGAACAGGAGUACAGAUGGAGAAACCAGCGAGAGGAGCAUAGGAGGAUGUCGUCUGAGGACAGACUGCAGCUCAUGUUUAGAUCUCCUCCAAGAGAGCUGAGGAUGCUGUUGCUGGGUUGGCGAGGUUCGGGUAAGACUUCGGCGGGCAAUGUCAUUUUGGGCGUACGUGAGUUUCAUUCCGGCAGACAGACACAGAGGUGUGUCAGACGACAGGCGCUGGUUGCUGGGCGUCGGCUCACCCUCGUGGACACACCCGGCUGGGACUGGUUCUCCUAUGAGAGAACACCCGCAUAUGUCCGGCAGGAGGCGCGCAGGGGUGCAAGGCUCCUGCAUCCAGGUCCCCACGCUCUCCUACUGGUCCUCCCAGUAGUGUCCACCCUGUCCAAGAGGAAGAGGCGGACCCUAGAAAAGCACCUGCAGCUCUUUGGCACAUCAGCCUGCCUCCACACUUUAGUGCUGUUCUCUUGCGGCGAUUGGCUGGGCCGUACGCCAAUCGAAGAGCACAUUCAGAGAGGCGGGACAGAGCUGCUGCGAUUGGUGGAGCUGUGUGACAGUUAUUAUCAUGUUCUAGACUGCAGCAAUGCAUCCAGUCACACACAGGUUCCACUGCUGCUGGAGAAAGUGGAGGACAUGAUCAAACAAAACCAAGAAGAACCGUUCUUACCUGUGGAAUUGGUGCUGGUCAUGUCUUACUGGGACUGCUUUGUGUCCAGUGGGGAGAGUGUCCAGUCCUGGGACUGCUUUGUGUCCAGUGGGGAGAGUGUCCAGUCCUGGGACUGCUUUGUGUCCAGUGGGGAGAGUGUCCAGUCCUGGGACUGCUUUGUGUCCAGUGGGGAGAAUGAGGACUAG